AUGGAAGCGUUAGAAAGGAGAGGAAAGCUAAUGGCCAUCGGAGCUAUACUUUUCAUCGUCUAUUGUUCUCAGUGUAAAGGUGUUGAAGGCAAGAAUCACACAAAGAUGUCAUAUGUAUGUCCACCGAAAUUCAUACGACUGGGACACAGCUGUUACUUCUUCAGUGAAAACAAGGCUACGUGGCAGACUGCACUCUUCUCUUGUAAGGAUCGCGACAGCAGUUUGUCAGUUCCAGCUCGAUGGGAAGAUAGGAACCUAAGAAACUAUCUGAAUAAACACGAUGUCGAAAAAAACAGUCGUUGGAUAGGUGGUAUCUACGACCACACAUCAAAGGCGUGGAAGUGGGGCGGAGAGCUACGCGAAAUGCACUAUCAGUCCUUCUCCAAGAUGAAGAAACUGUCUCCAGACGAGUUGAAGUGGCACUGUAUAGCUAUGGCUCCAGAAUUGCUGUACAGAUGGACACCUAAAAACUGCUUCGAACCUCAACAUUUCAUCUGCCAAACAAAACUGAAGAAAGUCCCCAAGUCGAAACUAAAGGAACUCCGAAGACGUUACCAGAGGAUGGGCAAGAUCAACGAAAUCACAGUCCCUAGUGUUAGCAGGGAAAUGGAGGACCCAAGGACCAAUGACGUCACAAGCAAUCCGGUUUUGAACCCCAAGUCCUACGACCUUCACCCGAGCCCGCUGCGCAAGAACCCUAUACGCAACAACCCGAAAGCGUACAACCUACGGCCAAACGAACUGAGAAAGCGAUCGAGACCCAACGCGCAACGGCGGCUUACUAAGCCAUUCCCAGGCUACCAAUGGAACCGUCGCGACCCCGAGGGCUCUUUCAAUUAUAACGCUGAGAUCCUCCGCUCUGGACGCACCGGGCUCAGUCCUCAACAGGUAAAGGGCCACCUCUCCCGUCUGCAGCACCUGCGAGACCGGCAGCUGGCGAGGCGCAAGCGACUCCGCGAACACGACGACUGGCUUGUCAACGAACCUGCGAUAAUCCACACACACGCUAGAACCUACACUGUCGACAACAACAUAAGUGCUUUACAUCCCAAAACUAUCGUUGAAGAGUUUGAUAUGAUGCCCCCUGCGCCUGUCGUCGUACCCAGACCGACCCGCGGCAUUUGG